AUGGCCGCCGACGACGAGACGCAACGCCAGCCGUCUCCCGUCGUCGACGAUGGCAGGGCCCCACGUCCCCCGAUCGACCCGGCCGCGGGCGAUGGACCUCCGCCGGCAAAGAAGAAGAGGACCCGGACCCGGACGGGUUGUCUCAACUGUCGCCGCAAGAAGCGCAAGUGCGACGAGGGCCGUCCGGCCUGCGGCGGGUGCUCGAGACGGAAGGAGGUUUGCGAAUGGGGUAUCAAGGUGACAUUCCGGGCCGAGAACGCCCAGACGAUAUUGCAGGAUCACCCGUCGAUGAAGAAGGCUCGGCGCCCGCCACCUCGUCGUCACUUUGAGAUACUCGACGUCACCAGCGAGGUAAUCCGCGAUUACCACCUACCACCCGGCUUUCACGAUUACGAUUCAGAUCGGGAACUUGAACCGGACAUUUCGCCCAUCGAGAGCGGAACUCACGGCCCGCACCACGAAGACGACGACGCAAAGAACUUUGACAGUCCCGUUUCCUACACGACCUCGACGGCCGGUGGCAACACUGCCUCUAUCGCAGGAUCAAGCACAGCAAAAAGGACACUAUCUUCAUCUGGACCGAGUUCUGCACCGACGGACCAUAUUCCCAUCCCGGGCUAUGGCUCUCUUCUGACACCAUCGACGCGGCGGGAGGAUGCGUCGAGCGACAAGGGACACCCACCAACAGGCGACCGCAUGGACUUCCAGGCUUCACCCUCUUCAGCAUCACAGGUCAUUACUGACAGCGCUGUUGCAAACCUCAUUUACCUGAGCCAGGGAGGCGCAGGCCAAGGACCGCAUGAGCAUCCUGUGUCCACCGUCAGCGGUCUGCCCGUCACAACUCUAUCCCUCGACCCUCUGUUGGAUACGCCAUUCGACUUCAUGGACCAGAUGUUCACGCCCGAAGGCUCCUACGAAGAUGGCAUCUUCUUGCCGGGCUCGGCAUACCACGAGCUCCAUUCUACGCUGCGAAACCACCUCAUCCAAGAGGUUCGCUCAAAUGGCCCUACAAGACCAGCUUCGCCGGCCUCUGGCCAGAACUCCAGACGGAGAUCCAUCGACGCCAGCUCCGGGCCUUCCUCGUCCAACGAGGUGGCCGAGACAGUCGGCGAAAUAUCUUCCGAUCAUGAGCCCCCUCGUCUUCCCCUGGAGGAGGAAUGCGCGCUAUGGAAGAACUGGGUGGGCGAGAUUUCGCCCUGGCUGGACAAAUUCGAUAAUCAGCGCCACUUCCAGCAUUCCCUUCCGACGAUGGCUCGGUCACACGAUCAUUUGAGAUACUCCAUGCUCGCUCUUUCAGCUCGACAAAUGGAGCUGAAAGACGGAAGUCGGCCUACAGACCAGAGCCUGGCUCUUUAUCAAGAGGCGAUACACCUACUACUACCCCAACUCCCGACGCGAACAACAGCCGUUAUAGCUUCAUGCGUCGUACUUUGCGUUCUAGAAAUGGCCAGCUGCUCGCCAAAAGCUUGGCGCAGACAUCUCGACGGCUGCGCCAGUUUGAUGGAGGCCGUUGGGAUGAACGGCUUCGUCGGCGGCGUCGAGCAGGCGCUCUUUUGGUGUUUCGUCCGAAUGGACGUCUGCGGUGGCCUCAUUUCCUCGGUCAAGACCUUGAUACCGGUCAACCAUUGGGCAUCGCCAGUCAACCUCGAAACAGAUGUUGGCUUAUUCCUCACCAACCCCGGCCACGACAUGUGGGCCAAUUACGCAGUCUACCUCUGUGCCCAGGUUCUCGACCUACUUGCUCCACUAGCCAAGGCCAACCCAGGCGGACUCUUCUUUGACGGGCCAAGAAAUGACAUGAGAUAUCGAGUACGAUGGAUGAAGCUUUGGAGAUACGUCGAAGAUUGGCACAGCCGCCGGCCAUCCCAGAUGCAACACAUCAUGUCGAUACCCUCCUCGGACGCGGAACCCUUCCCAAAGAUCUUGUACAGCAACCCCGCCGCCAUUUCGGGGAACCAACUAUACCACACGGCGUCACUCUUGAUGCUACAAAAUAGACCGGCCUCGCUACGACUAUCACCGAGGCCUCGGUCAGCACUCUGGCACGCCAGGCAGAUUUGCGGAAUUUCAAUGACUAAUCACCACCACGGGGCGUGGACCAACAGUGUCCAGCCCCUUUGGAUUGCGGGACGUUGCAUGAGCCAUCCUGCGGAGCAUCGCGCGAUACUACAGUUACUAGAAAAGAUCGAGACAGAGAGCGGAUGGGGCACCAAGUGGAGGGCAGAUGACCUGAAGGAGUUUUGGGGUGACUUGGGAGACGGUUAG